AUGGGUUCCUCUCCGGCAAAUUCCGCAGCUGCUUCCGCCAUAGCUUCCGCGCAAAGUCCACCACUUGCGGGGGAUACACCCGUCGCGCCACGCGCAGACGUGACGGCCCCUGCUCUGGCAGCUGACGUCGCGGCUGCUCCCGCAACGGUUGCGCCGCCAGCGAAAAAUGAAGCGGACGGCGGAAAGCAGGCGGAAAGCCCAGUAGCGUCCGUGCCGCCUGCAAUGGUUGUAGCGACUGUAGCGGCGGAAGUUGCGGCAUCCGCGGACGGCGGGAAGCAGGCGGAAACCUCAGUAGCAGCUGCGCCGGCUGUAGCGGCUGCAGCGGCGGAAGGUGCGGCAUCCGCGGACGGCGGAGGAGGACCGAUGUGGAAGACGACUCUGUGCUCGUUCUUCCGCAAGCACGGGGAGUGCAAGCACGGCGCGCGGUGCAAGUUUGCGCACGGGGAGGCGGAGCUGCGCGCGCGCCCGGACGGGUCGUUUGACCCCACCUCCGCGCGCGGAGGGGCUAAGCGGAGCGAAGCAGGGGAAGCGGAUCAGAGCAAGAAGGGGAGGAAUCGGGGGAGGAAACGCGGAGGGGGAGGGUCUUGGGGGAGAGAGGCGGAAGAAGCGGAGGGUGGCGAGGACGAGGGGAAGGAAGGGGGGCCAGGCGGGGAGGGUGAGUGGAGUCGGCUUUGCGUGCAGAAUAUACCCAAGUGGUGGAAUGUGAAGCACUUUCGCGAAUUGCUCAACGAAAUGGGUUUGGAGUAUUGCGGGUCGAGGAAAAGCCAGGGUGUGGCGUUUGGGUUUGUGUCGUUUGAGACAGCCGCUGCAGCAGACAAGGCCACUCAGCUGCUUCACGGUAAGCUGGUGAAGAAACAAACUCUAGACGUGCAGCCGGCACGGUACCGCACUCAGAAACAGACAGCAUUUGCCGGCCAGGAGGGUGGCGAGGGGCAUGAGGGCAAGAAGAGGAGAACCGAGGGGGGAGGAACGGGGGAGGCAGGGAAAGAUGGUGGGAAAGAGGAGGGGGAGAAAGGUGGGGAGGGUGAGGAUGAGGAGGAAACGGAAGAGAUGGAUGGGGAAGGAGACGAUGGGGAAGAGGGAGGGACGGGAGGAGAGGGGGAAAGGGAGAAAGCGGAGGGGAGGGUGAAGAAGGAGGCGUGGGAGGCAGUGACGCCACUGGCAAGGAUGGAGUAUCGGGAGCAGCUGGAGAUGAAGGGAGGACGAGUGGCGAAGGACUUGCAGCGGAUUGUGACCAAGAUGAGGAAGCUUUACUCAAGAAAGAGCUUUGCUCAGCUGCCUGAAUGGAUUAAGACUGCAAAGGCGAGAGCCCAUCUCCCGUGUUUGUUUGAGGGAAUCUAUGCCUCUCCAGUGGUGGACGGGUAUCGCAACAAGUGUGAGUUCUCCAUCGGGCCGUCUGCUUCUGGUCAGCCCACCGUUGGGUUCCUUCUCGGAAACUUCCGGGACGGUGUGACAGCAGUGGCAGAGCCAUCAGGCUGUCGAAACAUUUCCCCUAUCGCCAUCGCCUUUGCACGCCUGGUUCAGGAAGUGGUGCGAGAAUCACCCCUGGCUGCGUGGGACAAGGUCAACAACCGGGGCUUCUGGCGGUUGCUUACAGUGAGGGAAGGCACGGCCGAACCACUUACCCCCGCACCACAUCCCGAGCCUGCUGCCGCUGCUGACGUGGCGCCCAUGGACGUGGACCAAUCAGCAGCCGCAGAUGCUGAUCAACCACCCGCAGAAAAGCAGGAUGACAACAGUGGUACAGGGAAUGAAGAGGGCACAAGAGGUGAAGGUGACACAAGGAAUGACACAAGGGACGACACAAGGGUCGACACAAGGGUCGACACAAUGGAAGGGAGAAGUUCAAGGGGAGGUGAAGGGCCAACGCACAGUGGCAGGGCGGCAGUGAAUCAAGUGAUGCUGCUGCUGCAGGUGAAUCCUGCUGGUGCCGAUCGGACGGUCGUGGAUGCGGAGCUGAGUAGAUUGACGGCUGAGAUUGAAAGAGGAGCGGCGGAGCACAGCCCGCCACUGCCUCUCACUCUCAUCCUUGUUCAGGAGCAUUCAGGUGUGUCCAAUGCAGCCCCUGAAACCUGCCCCAUCCGUCUGCUCUACCCUCGCUCUAGUCUCACCCCGCCAUCAGCAGCACUGGCGGGGAAUGGGAGUGCGAGUGCAGUGCAAUGGGAAGCAGAUGUGCCCCUGGGGGAGGCACUUCAAGCACAGCAGGAGGAGGUGCAGCAGCAGCAGCAAGGGACGCAAGUCGACAAGAAGGGUGGAGUGUUGGUGUUUGAUGUCUGCUGUGGCACGGGCACCAUCGGCCUGUGUGUUGCCAAGCACUCUAAGAAGGUGAUUGGAAUUGAGAUGAACGAGUCGGCAGUGGAGGAUGCGAGGAGGAAUGCAGCAAUCAACGACAUUCAGCAUGCUGAGUUCAUCGCCUCCCGGGCUGAGCUGGUGCUGCCAAAGCUCCUCCAUAAGUACCUCCCCCAGGUGAAGCCUGCCCCUGACAGCCUCCCCCAGGGGAAUGAGGGAAAGGAGGGGCAGCAGCAGGAGGAAGAAAACGAGGGGAAGGAGGAAAGGAAGGAGGAAGGGAAGGAGGAAGGGAAGGAGUUUGAGUUUUCUCGAGUCGUGACAAUCGUGGACCCUCCAAGAGCUGGUCUGCAUCCAACGGUGCUUAGGGCCCUUCGGGAGAAUUCCAAGAUCGAGCAGCUGCUCUACAUCUCAUGCAACCCGUCUUCUCUCGUCAACAACGUCCUAGACCUCUGCUCGCCACCUCCCGAGCUCAAGAAGCCGCAAGCAGGAGGCGGGGGGUGGAGCAAGUGGGGACCGGCAGCAGGGCAGAGGGCCAUGGCUGGGGAGCCAUUUCGUCCUGUGAGAGCUGUGGCGGUGGAUUUGUUUCCGCACACGGAGCACUGUGAGGUGGUGAUGCUGCUGGAGAGCAUUGGGAAGGGGGAGGGUAGCAAGUGGGGGCCGGCAGCAGGGCAGCAGGCCAUUGCUGGGGAGCCGUUUCGACCUGUGAGAGCCGUGGCGGUGGAUUUGUUUCCUCACACGGAGCACUGUGAGGUGGUCAUGCUGCUGGAGAGGUAG